GGCGGCGGCGGCGGCGGCGGCGGGCGGCGUGGGCGAGCGAGCGAGCGGCGGGCCGCGCCCGGCGAUGAGGCACGAAGCGCCCAUGCAGAUGGCAUCUGCUCAAGAUUCCAGAUAUGGCCAGAAAGAUACAUCUGACCAGAACUUUGAUUACAUGUUCAAACUGCUCAUUAUCGGCAACAGCAGUGUUGGGAAAACCUCCUUUUUGUUCCGAUAUGCUGAUGAUUCCUUUACGUCUGCAUUUGUAAGCACUGUUGGGAUCGAUUUCAAAGUAAAAACGGUUUUCAAAAAUGAAAAAAGAAUUAAACUACAGAUUUGGGACACAGCAGGUCAGGAGAGAUACAGAACAAUUACCACAGCUUACUACCGGGGUGCAAUGGGCUUCAUUUUAAUGUAUGACAUCACGAAUGAAGAAUCUUUCAAUGCUGUGCAGGAUUGGUCAACUCAAAUCAAAACAUACUCUUGGGAUAAUGCCCAGGUUAUUUUGGUUGGUAACAAAUGCGACAUGGAGGAUGAACGGGUAAUCUUCACUGAGAGAGGCAAACAUUUAGCAGAGCAACUUGGAUUUGAAUUUUUUGAAACAAGUGCCAAGGACAACAUUAACGUCAAGCAGACAUUUGAGCGACUUGUGGAUAUCAUCUGUGACAAAAUGUCGGAAAGUCUGGAGACAGAUACCACCAUUGCUGCCAGCAAGCAGAACACACGGCUAAAGGACACCCCUCCUCCACAGCAGCCCAACUGUGGCUGUUAAUGCAGCUAUCAGCAAAGGCAGCUCCAGUGUGUUCUGUUGCCAACAGAGUGUUUAUGAAUGGUCUAUAUGCCUUUAUUUAUACUGUCUUAAUUUAUUUGGGAGAAAAGUCUUUUAUUUUACAACAGCAGCUGCUCUAGUAUGCAUAUGGAGAUGAAGAGGUUUUUAGUUUGAAAGGAUGAUCCAUUUUUUAGCAUCUGGAUUUUGCAUGCAGGAUAGCUAUUAGCUUCUCUUAUUUUUAUUGUUUUACAUUACACUUACUUCAGCUGGUGCCAUGUCCUCAGACCACAUUUGCCUAGAAAUGACUCGCUUCAUCAGUUUCAAAUUAUAUAGUUGAAUCCUUAGGGUAGUGGCCGAGGUGUUUUAGAAUAAGCUUCCUGAUGCCACUUAUAUUUUCUCCUGACUGAAAAUCAAUUUAGAAAUACUCCUUUACUGAGAUAAUCCCUCAUUCUGUCCAGAUCAUUUGUAUAAGAGACACUUCCUGAAGCAUAUUGCCUUGGCAAAUCCACACUUAUUAUGUUAUACAUCAUGACUGAUUGGAAGUUGCAGAAGUUAGAAGAAGUUAGUUCCUGGACCCAAAGCCACCAAACUUCCAUGUGAGUUUCCAACUGGAUGUGGGUAUACAGCGCAGACCCUCAGAGAUACAAGGUACUCCAUCCUGUUUGGGUAGCCAGUAUGUUUACAUUAACAUGGGAGCUGAAUAUACCUUUCUGAAACUGGACUUAAUUUCUCAUUUAACCAUUACAGAGAUCACAGUAGUACCUGCCCCAGUAGUGGAGUGCUGAGUAGCUCUUUCCAUUUCUACCUGCAUGACAUAUUAAACACACAGUUCUAUACUACCCCUGACAGAGCCAAAUCCAUUACGCUUAGUUGUUCAUUGCCAAAAACUGUCUUGUCAUGUUGCUGUCAAACCUGCGUACUUAAGCUUUCAGGAAUUUCUGCUUCUAUCCAGUCACUGAGCCAACCAUCACCACACUGGCUACAAACGCCUGUGUUUUUCUCAGAACUACUGCAGAAGUGCUGCUGGUGUCUGUGAACUGGAGUUUGACCUCAUUUUUAUUUUGAUGAGGAUAUCUAUUUUAACAAGACAAUCAGAGUUUCACAAGAUUUUUAAAAACUUUAGGAAUAAUAAAAAAUGCUCAACAUUUAUAGUGUUAGGCUGAAUACACUCAUAAGAUCAGCAAAAGGCUUUGAAGAUAGCAGAAUAGAGUACAUAAACUCUUUUUCUAAUGAAGUGUUAAAAAUAGUCAUAUUUCACAGUUUUAAAAAGUACUCCUCUAGUAAUUGGUGGCAGUUUCUUACAUCUGUGGCCUGGAGUACUUUGUACAAUUGCUUUACUUGCGUCACAGUGACAUUUUUUAACUAAACAGCAUAAUUGAAGAAGUGUUAACUGUUUUAUUGUUCCAGUUAGACAGAAUUUGGAACAAGGCUAACAUUUCUUAAACAGUCUGCAGUGGGAAAAAUCAGAAGACAAAAAAGAAGAAGUAACACAAGGUACUCCAAACUGCUCAUAACUGCAAAGAAAUCCCUCUACCGAAAUUACAUUUUUUGAUGGUAAUUUAUAUAACUCCUGAAAUACACUACAACAAAAUGGUCACUUUUUUUUUUACUGAUUAAAUAACCUACAUACAAUCUGACACAGUGAAAAUUACUUUCAAACACUUGUAGACACAUGUAAAAUGGGUAUGACAUCAGGGCGCUACAUUGGGCGCCUAACUUAAAUCAAUAAAUGUUCUUUCUUCAGUCUGGAGUUUUAAAGCAUGUCUGUCCUGUUAGCUAGUUUACUUAAGCACUUGUUUUCCUAGUAGACAUGGAGACUGGACUUCACUUGUUUACUUCCAUGAAGAGAAAGCACUGUCUUCUUAAGGGCUGAUGAGAAGCCAGGUAGAAGAGGCAUGUGCUAUCCCAAACAUAAUCCUGCCUCUCUCCAGGGAUGCUGCUUUUCUGUCCCUCAUCUUAGGCAGCAUCUUGAUAACUGUGCUGAGAGACUUUCAUUAAUACCUGUUCACCCACUAGGUACCAGCUGCUUUGGAAGAAGAAGUGAUAAGAAGCUGAGGAAGCUUUGUGUGAGACGGUGGGCAAUUUUCCAUCCUUUUCUUGUUAUGUGCAGUUAUUCCCGCUGGAGAGAAAGGAGCAGGGAGGCCUUGAGACAGAACUCAGCUUCAGCCCUCAACUCCUUUAGAAAAGCUUUAAAUGUGUGAUUUGUGUGAGCCAUCUCAGGCAAGGCAAGGAGAGAGGGGGGGCAUGGUCACAUCUUACAUGAGCUUGGACACAUCCUGGAUCAUGCAACAUGGCUACAAGUGCAGGUUUUCUUCCAGCUUUGCUCUGGGAUGCUUGCUGCAAAAUGGUCACCUCCUGCGCAUGUUGUAACAAGGGAAAAAGACUUCAAAAUGCCCCUCGCUAUAGCCAUACCUUGCUUAUACUCUAUUACAAUGAAUUCCAAAUCCUCCCUGCCUCUUCAUGACUAUGUAGACCUUAACCAGUAGUGGCAAUACAUUAUUAGCAUGUAUCUUUUCAAACAAAUUGAGUGAUAGAUAAAUAGUUAUUUACUUAAAUAGGAUGAAUUAAUUGCUUUUCAUUAUGCAUCAGGAGUCUGGGCAGAAGAGUAACAGCAAAAUUAAAGAGUGAGAAUCUCUCCUUUGUAUUCCUGAGACAACUAACCUCCCAGGCCUCCAACAUGUCUGACCUUUUGCAUGGGAUGGAGAGGAUGGGGGAGGUGGCUGCCAGAGCAACACUGUUCAUUAGACUGCCAGCCAUGUGCAGGAAAAGGUUCAUUUGAAGUACAGAAGCAGAACUAGGCAGUAUUUUAAAACUCCUAGGAUCUUUGAUUUUGACAUUGAGACAUUGUCAUAGAGUUCAGAAUUAGUCUGAUUAAUUUUUAAAGUGCUCACAUCAAAUCGUUGGAAGUUUUCAAGACCAGACUGGCUAAAGCCCUAGGCAGACUGCUCAGACCUCUUAGUAAACACUGUUUUGAGCAGGAGAUUGGGAAGAAUGACCUGCUGAUGUCCCAUCAGAAAUAAUUUGUCCUAUCAUCCCUUCCUCUGAAAUUGAAAAUGCAUGGAAGUUCAAGUAGACCUGUUCUUAACAGUCAGGGUUACCCACUAUUGGAAAAGUAGGCUUUGCUUUUCCAUCACAGGUUGGCUUUUUCAGCCACAUGUCUCACAGUAAUACUGAGUUUUCUGCUAUAAUGUUUGGUCACAUUUAGAUGAGGAGCAUCAUGAUUUCAGUACCUCUCUCAGCUGGAACCUCGCUAUUGUAGAGAAACGUGAAAAACAAAAAGGCUUUUGAGAAGUAACUUACUAUCUCUUCCCCAAACAUUCUAAAAAUCUAGUUCGUACUCUGAGGGAACUAGCAGGAUUGGGAUUUUAAUUAUAUUUAAAAUUAUGCCUUGGCCUGUUCAUAGGGUAGGAUAUCCAAAAGCAGCCUGUGUCCAUCUAGUUUGGCUCCUUCCAUCUAGUUUGGCUCCUAUUGACUUAUGUAAUAGAACUGCAGGUUUCUUAAAUAGAAGUAGAGUUAGUCUGAACACUUUUGGAAAUUCCAACCUGAUCAAGGGACAAAAUUUAAACAAUCAAUGACUCGUUCUUUACACAUAUCCAAUAGUCACUCGUUAGGAGUUACUGGAGGAGACAAGAAGGAUUUGGUUAAAUCCCUGAUCUAUCCACUGGUGUAGCACAAUUGCAUCAAGAUAAAGUACCAGGCUAAAAAGAGUUACAUUUUAGUGAUAGAAGAGAGCUGGAUCAUUAAAUUGAAACCUGGGAUAAGAGAUCUAAAACUACUUUCAGCCUCGUAACAAUUCUUGGUGUAAAAGUGCUUGCACACUUUGCACUCAUUUGUUGUCAUUCUCAGCACAGAAAUAGGACUAAAUGUCAUGGAAUCUUACUGGUCCAGCCACAGAUAACCCCUUCAGUUGAGAUUUAGGUCACUUUGUGAGAUACAGCAGUUGAUACACAGAGCAUAUUAAAUUUCUGAGUGAUUAGAUGCCUUUGCGCAGAGGGUCCUGAGCUCCAUAGUGCCAGCUGAACUAAUACUACACAACUCAUUUUCCAAGUUAUGAUCUAGACUAAAGCUUUUACCAGCAGGCUAAUCUUGUGCAUGGGUAAUGCAUCAGACUUAUCAUGCUCUGACAGUGUCUUGCUUGCUGCAUGUUCAAAUAAGCACUCAGAAAAUGCCUUGGGAGCACACAAGAGCAUGGGAUAUGACUGGUCCCUGCAGUGCCUCCUGGCACCAACCUGCCAAACAGAUAGCAAGACCUGCUGGGUUGAACCUUCAGAUGCAUGUUUUCGAUUCUGGUAAGAGUUCAUGUUCACAAGCAUUCUGGUCCUUAUAGCACAACUAACUUAUUACUGUAUCUUUUUGUUGUUGUUGUUGUUGGUUUGUUUAUUUAGACCUAUUUGUUUGGUGUUUGAAAUACAUAUGAGCUAGCCUGAUUUUCUAUCAAAAAAUACUCUUUCUCUCUGAACAGCUGUGUAUAUGACUGUUAUCUGGAAGUGUUUGUUCCUUUGUGUUUAUACUUAAUGUAAUGCCUAGAGAAACUACCUGAGCAACUACAUCUAUGUGGCCUUUCCAGAGCACCAGUCUGAAAGAUGAAGUUUUCUUCACAGUCUGCUCAGCUCUGUAUUCUCAGCUGUACCACCUGCACCUUCUUUAUUUUAGGAAUUAAGUGCUAUUUCAGGGUGCACAAAAUCUGCCGGAGUUUGAUCCUAACUUUGAGAAUGCUUUGCGUUUGUAAUUUUUAGGAAAAAAAUAGUGGUACAAAUUCUACAUCUGAUAACAAAGCCUUUGUUUCUUCAAUAACAGAUGAAUGAUGCUGCAUUUGCAUUCCAGAAGAAGCUCCCCUCCCAAAUUCCGCCCAUCCUCAUCUACACUUUUCUAUAUUUGUUUGUGAGAGGCAAGUUUUAUUAGUUGCAUUUUUAAGGACAUCAAAUAAAUUCCUGUUCUGCUGACGGACAGAUUCUUCCUUGGCCUGUUUCAUGCAGACGGACACAGUGUAUGAGCCUAGUUCUUUUUUAGGAUGCCAGACUUUGACUCCAGAUUCUCCAGAUUCAUCAUUUGUCAAGUCUCAUUUAAAGAUGCAACUCAUUUCAAUUACUGAAUGAUUUCUACCAGUUUUCUUUAUUAAGGGGUAAAUGUAGUUCACUUUUGUAAUUUAAGCUUUUAUUUUUCAUUUUUUCUUAAUUUUUUUUACUUUCCUUAUACAUGGAUGUUCAUUGAAGCAGAAAUUGUAACUACGCACAUAUAGUAAACAUAUACACAGCAGUACAUCUUUGACACUCAUUCAGUUCCCGCAAUUACUUGUUCAUGUUCAGUGCAGCCUUCCCUAAAUGCCACAGUGGAAGUUACCCAUAAAUUCUGAUUGGCCUCAAAAAUCAGCUGGUUUACAUUUGCAGAUGGCUUGUCAUUUGUAGAAUAAGGUACCUGGUAUUUGAUUUGCGGGGUGGAGCUGGGGGGGAAACAAAAGUCCUAAUCUUCCAAUAACUUCAGGAUCAUGCAUAACAUGCAGAAAUGAAAGCUAGAGAUUCCUUACCACUUUGGUGAUAAUUUCCUCGAGUAAUUCUGACAUGUACCUGCAACUAGUGUUAAAUUAAACGUUUGUGCUGUAAUUCUUGUUUAAUAUUUUGUCAGUAAUGUCAGAUGUGUCGUGGUUCAGUCGGACUGUCAGAUUGUGUAACCUAUAUAUUAGUGUUUGUGGAAUUCAAAUGUCUUAAGUGUUGCAUGAAAAUAUGUUAUAAAAAUAGAUAUGUUUUCUAUUUUUGAAUACCUCAAAACUGAGGAAUCAUGGGCCAAUAAGUGCAAUAUUUAAUUAUUUACUCUGUGUAUAUAAACUUGUGUGAAAGGGAGAAGUGUCAUGUGUGUGUGAUAAGCUGUUGAUGAUGCCUGUGUGGCUUAAGAUUUCCAGUAGACAUAUGUGUCUUGUAGUAAAAUUUAUAUAGUAAACACUUUACCAGUGUAGUGUAAGAAUAGUCUUAAGUCAUUUAAACUAUUUUUCAUAUAUAUGACAAUGGUAAAAGAUAUUUGUAUGUUUAUUGCAAGUGCAUGUCAAUUUUACUUUUAGAGUUGUGAGUGCCCUUUUUGAAAAUUAUUGUUACACUAACACUAGUGGGACAGUGCUUUCAUUCAGAAGAUGCUUAUAUUUUUAAAGCAUGUUCUCUAGAAGCAUUAAAAGAACCUCCUAGAGCUCAGCAGUUAUGGUGAGUUAUUUAUUCUUAAAGAAUCAGGUACAUGCUCUGUCUGCCUGUAUUGUAUCAUAUCAUGUAGGCAUCUUUUAUUUAAUCUGAUACAGUUAACUCAUAAUACUUAUCUGAAAUAGUGAGUACCCAAUACUCUUGCAGAUGACUUGGCAAACUUCCAUUGGUGCCCUGAGUUAAGAUUUUUGGGAACAGCUUAAAGGUCACAGUCAAUAUUGUCCAGCACACUGGAUGGUGACCUUAAUUAGUCACUUCUGCCAAUUAAGUUUCUUAACUUUUCUAGAUCCUAAAGAAGGUAGAUACAUCCUUAAACAUAUUGACCUAGAGUCUUCACUCAACUAUUACAUGGCCCUCAAUGUUGAACAACUCCAGUGUUAGCAGUAAAGCUGAGGCAUAAAUCAAAUCCAGCACACACAAAAUCCAGCACUAAUAAAAUCCAGCCCAGAAUCUAACCUUAAAAUUAAAAGGAGACUCCUGGUAAUUUCUUUUCCCUUUCCUGUUAUCUUUGCAUAUUUCAAAUAGUUCUCUAAGCACACAAGCAAGGCCAUUACUGUUCAGCAAAACCCUCGGGUACAUUUGGGACCUUAAACCUUGAAUCACUGAUCUGACACGGGAUUCCCAGCUGUGCUCAUCAACUCUGCAUAAAACCUCAUUUUAUUAAUUCUUGUUACAUCUCUGGUUUCAAAGGAAUGUGUCAUCCAUCUUGGGAAUUUCCUAAAUAAAGAUGGGUAAUGGAGUCUGAGCCAAAAGGAGUAACUGGUUUUGCUGAACAAUUUUCAUAACAAAUUAUUUCCAUUAGUACCACAUUAAAAGGUACGUAGUUUUAGUCUGAUCUGAUGCAUUUUUGUGACAAUGUACAAGGUUGAUUUAGGUUUGGGUUUUUUUUUAAAUUAGCUUGAUCAGGAAAAGGAUGAAACUCCAAGGCCUACUGGAAACCAGUAUCACACGUUUCCUUUCCUAUGUCAUCAAAUAGUUUCUCUGAGAAAGCAAAGUAGCCACAUUGCUUUAAGUAGGACAGGAUGGUACUUGCAAUGACUUGAACAGCCCUUAAAAAUCUUCCUGUUUUUAUACCUUCUACUAUGAAAACUUCUGCAACAUUAUACAGACCAGAGUGAAAUGAAUAUGUAUGUGGAGAGAAAUUUAGGACUGCUUAAUAAGAGAAGGAAAUUCUUCAUAUCUUUGUAGUUGAGCAGCAGACAAAGUAACAGUUGUAAUAUGAUGUACCACUUAAAUACAGAUAUACAGACUGCUACAGGAUUGAGGAUGCUUUACCUAAACCUUUUAUUGUUAAGUGACCUGACUGUUCAAGGGCUGGCAGAUUUUACCUAGCAUUUUUAUUAUUCCUCAUAGUCAUGUGAUUACAUAUACAAAGACAAAUGCUUACCUUGAAAAUAUGUAGUUGUUCCGGCUCCCUCAAGCUAACUUGCUUGCUGAAUUGUUCUUGAAGAAAAGUUAGAGUACUUGCUUAGGAUACAUUUGUGAGGGGGUUAGACUCAAUCUGUGCCUCCUCCCCUGACUCUUAAUGCAAUAUAGUUAUUGUGGUUCUAAAAGAUAUGUUAGUUUAAAAUGCUGCUGGGUGACAGAUUUUGUGAAUCUUCUGCAUACAUCUAUGGGAGCUCUUGUCUGAACGUGAAGUACAAGUUUUAUCCAUGUGCAGAGUUUUAAUUCUAUGUGGAUGUAGAGACCAUGUGUAUUCUGUUUGUAUGUGACUUCUGUAUACCAAGUGGAUUAUGUUUGUUCAAUUUUUUGUUGGAAGUUUCUUUUCCUUUUGCGAUUACAAUAAAUAUUCAAGAGACUAUAUUAAUGAA